AUAAUUCCCUAACAGCCAAAAGAGCUGUUUAAUCCUUGAGAGCCUCUUCCUGUACGACAAUACAACAACAACAACAACAAAAAAAAAACACAGCCAAAAUGGGUGCAGUAAUGUCCAGCAUCGGCAACUGCCUUCGUGGCAUUGUCAACGCCAUCGGCUCCAUGAUCCAAGCCAUCAUCUCCGGCAUCGUUAGCAUCUUCAACGUCCUCAUUAACUGCAUCACCUGUGGCUACGCAAGGCGCAGCGGUGGCGGUCGUCGCCGAACCAGAACCCAUAGGACGACUCGAGUAUAAUAGGACCCAUCUGCCGGGAAGGAGUGAGGGCAGAUGGGUGAUUCUACAAACCCAAGGAGUUGAGGCAUAAGGAGUUGGUUGCGAUGCGUGUUUGCGUUUGAAUUUUUUUUUUUUUUUUGUUUGUUUUGGUUUUGU